AUGUUCGCGGAUUACUUCGUCGAGGUGCCACGCUCUCCGGCGACAGUUUUCCGUCGCCGUUUCAGAAUACGACGGCCACUUUUCUUGCGCAUUGUAAACGCGCUUUCAUCGCGUUAUGAGUACUUCCAGCUCCACACCAAUGCAACCGGCAAGAUCGGAUUGUCGCCACUGCAGAAAUGCACGGUUGUCGUGCGACAGCUGACUUAUGAAGGAACUACCGAUAUGUUCGACGAAUAUCUUAACGUCAUCGAGAUGACUGGACGCGAAUGUCUGAAGAAUUUCUGUCGGGGGGUGAGGGAGACAUUCAGAGACACCUAUCUAUGGAAGCUGACCUCAGCUGAUUGCCAGUUCUUGCUGGAUUUGCACGGGAGGACACACAACUUCCCCGGGAUCCUAGGCAGCAUAGACUGUAUGCACUGGGAGUGGAUGAACUGCCCUACCACGUGGAGAGGCCAGUUUACGACCAAGUUCAAAGGCACUCACCCCACCGUCAUACUCGAAGCCAUUGCCGACUAG